CCGAUCAGGUGGGACAUGGAACUUCGACUGCCGGUGACCAUGCAGCCCAAGAGGAUGAUACUUCUACCGCCCUGGCCGAUCAUCUUUUCCUUAUCUAUUAUGCAGAGAGAUGUCGUUGAGAUUAUGUCUGGCAUAGUGAAAAACAUCUCAGGGCUUAAGUCGCAAGUGGAAAAUAUUUUCUCUGCGCUGAAGCUUGCUGUUGGAGAUGAUAGAUGUGUACACCACUUUGGUCAGCUAAUUGCGAACCUGUUAAAAGAUGAAGAUCUUCACAAGGCAAUUGUUAUGGCACAUAUUCAGUAUCCAUGUCCGGAAGUGCUUGCCCUCUUAGAGGCUUACUCAAUGGAAAAAAGUGACCAAGAAAGAGUUGAGUAUCUCAGGAGAGACGUCAGAUUGGGACGCGGCCUUAAAGAAGCAUUGGCGACUAGGUUCUGUGGUGAACAACUUCGGCGUAUGUGUGAACGGGUAAGAAACUAUGAUGGACUACUUGAUACAGAAGAUUUAACUCCAGAGAUAUGUUCUGAUCCUUCACUCUUUCUUGGAAUUAAGAGGGCAGCAAGUUCCGAGUCAUUAGCUGCUGUCAAGAUGAAAACGUCGAAAGGGAGCGUGGAUACUGCAGACCCAAUGGUUAAGGUUUCGUUGUCUGAUUUUGGAUUUACGCCUGAAAGUAUACAAUCCUAUUCAUCUUUCUCUGUCAUUUAUUCUCUGGCGCAGAAACCUGGCCUUGAGUUUAUGGCUGGCAUAGUGGAAAACAUCUCAAGGCUGAAGUCGCAAGUGGAAAAUAUUUUCUAUGUGCUGAAUCUUGCUAUUGGAGAUGAUCGAUUUGUAGACCAUCUUGGUAAGCUAAUUGUGAACCUUUUAAAAGAUGAAGCAUUUCACCAGGCAUUUGUUGGGGUACAUAUUGAGGAUCAGUAUCCGGAUGUGCUCGCCCUCGUAGAGGCUUACUCAAUGCAAAAAAGUGACCUAGAACGAGUCAAGUGUCUCAGGAGAGACGCCGGAUUGGGAUUCGUUUUGCAACGCAAAACAGAUACCAUUGACUUUAUGAGUGAAACGUUGAGCAUCAUAUUGGGGUACUGGAGUAGUCCAUGGUUUUGCAGCAAGUUGCGUGAAGCGAUUAAUGGAAAUGAUGCAGCCAGGGAAAUUCCACGGGUGACUAGAAUUAUUAAUGUUGGUGUUCCACCCUCUAUCGAGGGCCUUAAAGAAGCAUUGGCGACUAGGUUCGAUGGUGAUAAACUUCAGAGUAUGUGUGAAGUGAUAGAUCGUGAUAAAGAUCUUUACAAGGUAGGCCUCCUAUCUUUCCGCCGCCCAAGUACGAUAAAAUGGUUCACCAUUGACUGGUUGGACGAGGAGGAAUUCUAUAUUGGUAUGUCCAGUCACUCUGAACACCCGUACCCUGGUUGCAGUCCAGUGUGAUUGUUCUUUCCAACCCUACCUACUUGUACUGGGAUAUGUUUAGAUUCAUUUUGUGAUGUUGAACGUUUUAUUUUAUUUUGUUGAUGUUGGAUGACGAUAAUCCCUCUCCAUUACAUCUCCAUUACAAUUAAAUUAGUGCUGUUAAAUUAAACGAGUC